AGUGUGGCCAAGGGAACCCAUUUCAAGCGAAGCUUUGUUUGCUUCAUUGGUUACACUCUAGACAAAAGAAUUACUGAAGGACCAGAUUCGUCGAGUCUUUCGAGCCUUGACAUUUCUGAUGGAGUCUCGCUCGCUAUAAAUGCUAGACUUCUCGGAGGUAAGGUCCACGGAUCUUUGGCUCGUGCAGGAAAAGUGCGUGCUCUUACACCAAAGGUUGAGAAACAGGAGAAAAAGAAGAAGAAGAAGGGACGUGCGGCACGAAAACGAAUUCAAUACACGAGAAGAUUCGCCAAUGUUGCGACUGGACCAGGGAAGGAAGCGUGGACCCAACUCCAAUGCUGCUUAAUCUGUUUGCUGUUGAUAAAGAAAUCAAAUAUUUCCCAUCUAGAAGUGAAACCAGGAGACCAUCGGCUUGACAGA